GACAAUGUCAGGGCAGGCGUGUGCCCCGGGGCUGGGCGGCUGAGAGGCGGCAGAGGUCAGCGCUCGCUCCCCGCAGCGCCGCGGAGCCUCGGGCAGCCGCCCCGCCGCCUGAGGGAGGUUUCCCGGCGGCCAGGAGGCGAGGGCUGGCCUGGGGCUCCUCGCACUGAAUGCUGCUGGCCUCCUGCUGCGUCCCCCGGGCGGAGGGUGCCAGCGGGGCUGGUCGGCAAAGGGGAAGCGGUCGGAGACACCCUCUCGGCGCCUGGGGCAGCAAUCCAGGUCACGUAAAGUCACAUUUUAUCACAGGACGCAAAGCAGCAGCUCAUUACCAACUUUCUUGAUAAGUUCUGUCCUUCAGCUUCUUCUGAAGUAUGCAGUGACUGCUGGUGGCUUUCUGCCUUAAGGAUCGGGAGAGAAUGCUCCAAUGGAGAGGUUCCGGAAAUUCAUUUUACUUUCUCUCAUCUUAACUGCCUCACUACCAGGUCUUGGCUUUUGUUACUCUAUUAUAAAUGGCCCUACUAAUGCAACAGUCCUUGCUGGUUCAGAAGUCCGGUUUAAUUGUACUGUGUCGGUAGGAUGGGUAAUUCUCAUUUGGCUGUCCAAUGGAAAUCCUGUCCUCACUGUCAUCAAUUCUCAAGGAGCUGUUGAAACAUCAGACCGCUUCACCUCUCAAAAUUAUACCAGUAGCACCGGGUUUACCUCAGAGCUGAUCAUCCGCAACACGCAGCUGAGUGACUCUGGAAAAAUUGAAUGCAGCACCCAGCAACCUAGUGAGAACAGCUUUGCGUUUCUUUCUGUUCAAGUUAAUGGAUCUUUAUUCAUCAAAAAUAGCACCUUAACAGUAAAAGAGAACAAAACAGUUGAAAUUGUUUGUGAAGCCUUAGGAUGGGCUCCAUCUCCAGACAUUACGUGGAUGACAAAUGACUCUGUCAUUGAUAAGUCGAGGUAUGUUACCCAGCAAAGUCAAGGAUCUAAUGGCCUACACAAUGCCCUGAGCAUCCUAACUUUGACUCCGAUGGACACUGAGAUUUUGACUUGUUUAGCUGACAUAGAAGCACUCCCUAACCCUCAGAAUGCAACUGUAACUGUUAUUUUUGUCAACUCUACUAUAGAAAAUUAUUACAGUGAAGACAGCAGAAGCACAUGGGUUAUUGUACUUGCAGUUGUGCUUUCACUUGUUGGCAUUAUUCUUUUGAUCAUUAUUGUUGUGGUUGUUGUACGCUGCUGCUGCCUAAAGAAGAAAGGAUCUACGUAUCAAAAUGAAAUAAGAAAAGUUUCAACUGAGAAGAAAAAAGAUGGCAAGUUGGAAAACAGGCAAAGACAUGGUAGUGAAAACCAGGGAUACAUUCCAGAGGAACUGUGGAACACAGAACAAAUCCCAAGAAUUGCCUCUCUUCCCCCUAUGUCUUCAAAGUUCACUGUCUCUGCUGCAGAUUUACAUACCAGUUCUGUACCAAAGGUGCAACCUCAAAGACGUACUGAUUAUCCGAUCAGCCCAAAGAAAAUUAGAAACAUGACACUUGUUUAGCAUGUACUUCUCUAUCAAUCAGUCACAUUUUACACAUUUGGAUGUCUUCCUGCAACAGAGAAAGGUUAACACCAGUUCUCUCAGUUUAAGCUAUAAGUUAUUUUUCUUUUUUUCUCAUGUAAUGAAAUAAAAUUGCAACCUUUAUAAUGUAGCAUAUGAUAUCUCAGCAAAAUUAUAGAUAUAAAUGACAGCCUUAACUUCAGAGACAAUGAAUUUGAUGGGACUCUACAAGAACAAGAAUCUGUGCUUUGAGUCCCAAGGAAAUCAGCAAAACUCCUACCAGACAGGAAUAUUAAGUUAUCCACAGCAAGAUCAAGGAUUGGAGCUGCAAGAGAUUUAUUAGUUCAGAACUGGUUAAUAACAAUACUGGUUAAUACAAUGUCUACUGCUUUUUAAAUGUACUUUGUGGACAACUGAUCAUCUUGAGCUUAUAGAAUAACAACAUUUUUCAAUUUCUGUUCUGUAAUAAAAUCAAGGGAAGUUUUCAUGAGGGCUGUUUCAAAAUUUCUAGCAAAAUUAUCUGUGGAUCAGAAAUGAAUUUGUUUCAUUUCAAUACAUUCUUCUCUUAAAGUUAUUUGUCUUAAAUCCAAUGUUCCAGUUUUAAAUAAAAAACAAUCACCCAUGUGCCAAAAAAAAUUCCUAUUUUGAUUGAAAUGCAAAAAUCUUAAGCUGAAAAGCAUGGAUUUGAAACUUCUGACUUUUGAGUUGUUGCCUGAAUGCUUUAUGUCUCUGUUCUACUUGUGGACCAAGUUUGACAGCCAAAUGACUUGGGUCAUAGCAAAUGGUGGUUGCUGGUAUUCAUGCUGAACCCUGUUGUUUCAUCAGGGAUAGAUUGAUAAUGACCAUGGGAAAUGCACUUUAGCUAGGCAGCCUUGUCAGUAGAGCAGAUCUGGCAGAUGGACCCUGUAUGUGCCUUCCCAAUCUAAAAAAUAUGAUUUCUAGCUGAAAUGUUUUGCCUGAAAUGUUGUAUUUCAUAAUAAAAAGUACAAGCUUAUUAGUUUUUUACAAAAAGGCAAACUUCUUCUAAAAAAACAUGUUAUUUUCAGUGUGCUCGUCUUUCUACCCACUCGAAGCAUUCUGAAUUAUUCAGUGUUUUGCAUGUUAAUCUUUUGUAUGAACCAGUGCAGGUGCUCCUUCAGUGCUGAAAGAAGCCACUAUAUAGAAAUACUUUCAGUGAUAAUCUGCACAACAAAAAUAAGAAAUCUGAAACCUGAUCUCAGGAAAAAGAAGUUAUUUUGCAUGUUUAGCAUUUGGCAUCUCAUUAAAUUGUGACAGUUUUUGCACUGCUAGUCGCAUUUUCAGUCGUCUGUCAGAAGAAGUGCUGAGACCAAUUCACGGUCUGCCAUGUGCAAUUGUAUACAAAGCUGUUUCAAAUUCUGACCAUCUAUACUCUUUCCGUUUUCUUUGGUUAAGGAGGAGCUUUGAAAUGCAUUCCCACUGAAUGCAGUUGUACCAACAACAUGGUAUGUAAAUAGCUGUAGUGUUAUACAGAGAAAAUAUAAGCAAUUUACAUUGCCGAAUAUCUAUGUUUUUUCCUUGAAAUAACCAUGCACUGAGAG